CCCCCCUCUCCCCUCGCUAUACCAUAGAACCUGCCCCUCGAGACACUCAUCAGUAGGUGCAAGCAAAUGUUUGACGAUAUCAGGACGAGCAAAGAAAAAGCGGAGAAGGACUCCGAGGGGAAGACCGGGGAGGGCGAGAAGGACGCUGAGGUGUUCGACGAGGAGAACGAGGAGGGUCCGAGGCAAGAUUGCGAAUUGCUCAAGGCUAUGGCAUGGCGUGAGGCCGGGAUGGCGUCGAAGAAGAAGGACACAGGCCCGUCGAAGGAGCACAUGGCGCAGGGACUGGCGUUGCGUGACAGUGCCCGCGACGGUUUGCCAGGCCGAGGUGCGACACAGGGUUUCCCGGUGGUACAACCGGCAGGUGGCAGAGGCAAGGGCGGCAGCAGCAACUCCAAGUCCCGUUACUCUGCGGCCGCUGCGGCGAACAUCCGGUCCCGGGGGGAGGACUGUCGGUUCCGACGGGAAUCAGAGACCUCUGACGGCGAAGGUCCUUUCGUUGGCAACCGCACCCGGUGAAGACGAGGAGGAAGAGGAGGAGCUAUCCGACGAACCAGAUGCGUGAGACGAAGCCCGGAAGGCGACCCUGUUACCAAGCGGCAAGGCUGCGCGGGGGACGAGGAGCGGGAAGAGUGGGGGAAAGAGGACCCGGUCUGUUCCACCUCUAUUCUCCACGAUGAGUGGCUCUGCUGGCCUCCAAAACAGGCUGAGCAGCGUAAUCGACUUGGUCCGCCAGAAAAUGACCGCGCCGGCGGUGCCGACUGUGGGUGGUGGCGAGCAGGGAGGGGCGAGCAGCAGGACGGAAUCGGGUGAGAUCAAAGACCUGCUCAAGAGCAGGUGAACCAGCAGAUCUUCAACGCAAUGGGGAUGAUGCAUGGUGGCGUCCAACCGCACCCACUCGGGAUGCAAGCGGGUGCAGGCGCGCUUCCUCCCUUCGGCGGGUACGCUGGGUUCGGCGGUAGCGCCGCCUCGGCAGGGCUGGCUCGUUCUGCAGUUGUCGGAGAACCUCCUCCUGCGCAACCUUCGCAGGGUGCAACCGCGGCGGGUGCAAGGGCGUUGCCCGUGGUUGCUGGGGGCGGACGAGCCGCACCUUUUGGUGAUGCCUCGUCCGCAGGAGGGGGGGGGGGCGUCUUCCGAGCUUCGGUGCUUCUUAUGGCGGACGAGCGACUGGUGCAACCUCUGCAGUGGCGGCGGGCGGUGCAGUCCGGGUUAGGGCCCCGCGGAAGGCUGCGCUUACCACGAGUGGACAGACGCUCUGCGAGUGUGGUCUUCCGGCAUCCCACGGGGAGGUGAAGUCGGGAGUAAGGGAGGUGUUGCGGCAUUUCAUUGCCGAACUGGUGUCAUUCUAAUGUUGUAGAAACGUCCGCGAAUUAGUCCCUCAUCAGGUGCGGAACCUCCAAAAUCCUCCCUCCCCCCCUGCCUCUGUCCAUGCGCCUCGUUUCGGGAUUGCACCAGUACGUCCUCGUCGGGUUUAGGGUGUGUUAUUUUUUCCGGCAGGCUUCUUGAACUCUGUUGAUGGCGUAGUUGGCUUAUGCUUAGGACGUUGGCCUAUUGCCCGUAUGCCCCUCUCGCUCGGCUCUUAGUGCGUUAUCCGCAAUCCCUGAGCCCCCCCCCCCCGCCCAAAUGCGCUCCGACACAUCGACACCGCCCUCUUUUCUACAUGCGUCUGUGUUUCUGCGUCCUCCACGGCACGAAGAAGGGACGAAAGUACGUAACCUGCCCAAGUUCGACCGGAAUCAGAUGUGCAACUUCCACAAGUUCCUCGACCCAGCCGCGCCUAUGCCACAGGUUCAGGCUGAAGGGAAGGCAGCCGAACCGCGUGCGCGGAAGAAGGCUAGGCCCGGCCACGCGGCCGCGACGAUCUCCUCGACGCAGCUGCAGGCGUAACGCCAAGCCCAAGGCCGAAAGCGUUAGGGUUAGCCUACAAGUACUUGUACGCUCAGCCGUCUUGUCUCCAUGGAACAGCUUUUCGUUCUUUUUCUUUUUUGUUUCCUCUCUGUUUUUUUUUUUUUCAACUGCGAGUCGUAUUGUACUCUGCAACCGCAGUACGGUUUAUUGCCUCUGUCGAAAGCUCAUCUGACUCUUGUUGCGUUGUCCUCUCUUAUUUUUAUCCUUUUUCGUUUUUUUCUUUCUCGAGGAGGUUACACUUUAGGUAGGGUAGCAAGGGAUGUGGGGUAGACUGUAGGUACGGUCGAUGUUUUGUCGGUCACUUCUGGUGACAUGUCGUAUUGUCCACGUAUAAAAUUAUGAGGGGGGGGGUAGGUAUAUCCGGGAGGUCUUUUCGUCUUGACAUCGAGAUUUCAGGUUUGAUUGCAGCUUGUCGUUAUCAUUGUCUUCGUUAGCCGUUACAGAGGUUUGUCCUGUCGUUCCCAAACCAGUUCCUUUUUGCAAGGUCGACGUCACUGCUCGUUUGUGGUCAUGUUUGGCCUCAAAUAUUGGCUGGGCGCCCAGUGCCUGGAACUGUGGGUCCUUUCGAUUCGUUUGCGUUGCCCAUAGGCAAGUGUUGUUGCCACUAGGGCAUGGGUGCCGUUUACGAAACCCAGUUUGACCUGGUCAGUUCGAGCACGGUACGCACGUGGUUGUGGUGGUGUAAGUGGCUCCAUGUAUCGGGCAACUGCUUUUGCUGUGACUUGGUACCGCUCUUUCCUGUUUGCAGGAGGGUUCGUUCGUAGACCUGUCCUGUCCUGUAGUCAUCCUUGUCAUAACUUGUUGCCCGCAGGGUGUUGGUCUGAGUGCAGUUGCACGUCGCUUUGUCGGUGUUUGGUUUUUCGAACUCGGACAUGUCGAUCUGUCUACACUUCGGUUGCCCUGCUUCGUUUGUGUCGUGCAGCUGCGUGCACCACCGAGAAUGUUUUUCGGGCGUGUUGCUCUAUGGUUUGGUUUGCGUUGCUGUUUUUGAUUUUAGUCUUGUUUUUUUCAAGUACCUGUGUCCUUUUGGGUUAACAACCCGUUUGUCUUGCUAUUCUCGUUCGUGGAAGGGCACGUAUGUAGGUUGUCGGCAUUUUGUUUCGUUUGAUCGCUUGUUCUUGUAGCACAUGCCGUCGUUCUUCUAGCAUAUGGGUAACUGUUGCCAAUUUCCGUUGGAAUAAAUGGUUCCGAUUUCGUCCGAGAGGUGGCAUAUGGGGGGGCGAUUUGGUGCCUUAGUAAGAUUCUUCUCCGUAGGG